CUUUCUUUUCUCUGAUAUCUAAUCAAUUUCUUAGUUGCUGUUGCAUGUAACUUUUGUUUUAAUUCUACAUUUCGUUAUGGCCGCGUGGCAUACGGCCGCGGCAACGGACGAGACGGUUAUCGCGCACCUACCCGUCUUGUAUACGAGCACUCUGAUUGGUCCCGGUUUGUUGAUAAUAACUCGUCAACCGUGCUUCGGACAACAUUUUUGCAAAGGAAAAAAUUGUUUAAAAUUACCUCAGCUCCUCCACAUUUGAAGGCUUAAAACUAAUUCUAGGACAUCCUGUAUAGGUUAGAUACGACUUACCUGAUGGUGUGCUAGUAGGUUGAAGAUUGGUUGCUGAAGAAUCUUUAUGAAAACAGUUGCAAAAUAGUACGAUAAUAAUAAUACUCAGUCGUCGCAUUGUUCGGCCGUUCGUUACACGUUUGAUACUAAUAAUAGUGGCUACUGUAACUUCACUCACGAGAGGUCCUGGACGGAAUCGUAAAUACUGAGAAUUAGUAGCACCUCGUUUGAAAUUUCUACAUCGAUACUGUGUCUCGAUGACGAAUAUCGAAAUUUUCUAUAAACAAUUUCACGAAGUGGAACUUCGAAUCGUGCAGCGGUAAAACUUCUUACAAUCGCGGUCGACUUCUUCGGGAAGAAUAGUACCCGAUAUUUCGAUUAAUUCGUUAGGGUGCGACAGCGUGUGAAUCAGUGUUAUUGUUAUCGUCCGGUUUUUCUGGUAGCUUCUAGAUAUUCGAAAUGAGUCAGUUUAUCGUCGUGCAAGUUGGACAAUGCGGGAAUCAGAUUGGGUCAGCGUUCUGGCCUUUGGCGUUACACGAGUACGGUAUACAAACGACAAACACUGGGACGAAUUUACUUAAAACCCAACGGAGACACAUAAAAAAUAUGAACGAUAUCUCCGACGCGUUCGACAGUUUUUUUAUUAUACCAGACAAAUCGCGUGACUUGAGCUUCAAAAGUAUAAGCGACUUAAAAGCAGCAAAAGUCAAAGCUAGGGCAAUAUUGAUAGAUAUGGAAGAUAGCGUUGUAGGAGGGUUGAGGAAAGGUCCUGUCCGCAAUUUAUUCGAUCAGACAUGCACCGUUACAAAUUAUCCAGGCUCCGGAAAUAAUUGGGCUGUGGGGUAUCAUACUCAUGGCACAGAAUAUCAUGAAAAGUUGGAAGAUUCCAUAAGACAUAUGGUAGAGAAGUGUUCGAAGUUACAUGGGUUUUUAAUUAUGCAUUCUACGGGAGGUGGUACUGGUUCUGGAUUAGGAACAGCUGUUUUAAAGAUGCUGGCUGACAAUUAUCCCAGCGUAGAUAGAUUAGUAUCUUCUGUAUAUCCAAUUGUCAUGCAAGAUGUGGUCACUUCUCCUUACAAUUCAUUGCUGGCAACGAGAGAAAUCAUAGACCACGCGACUUGCGCGUUCCCUAUGGAAAACGAAUCCCUUUUGGACAUAUGCAACUCGUUGGCAAGAAAGAAAGAGAACAGAGAUCAAGUAAACUAUAAUUCCUGGUGCAAACCGUUUCAAGAUAUGAACAGUAUCGUCGUAAAUAUGCUUCUGCAUUUAACUAGUGGAUCCAGAUUUCCGGGCAGUUUAAAUAUGGAUAUGAAUGAAAUAGCGACGAAUCUAGUGGCGUAUCCAAAAUUACAUUAUAUAUUUAGCAGCGUUAGUCCAGUGGCAUUGUCCGCACCGACGGCGUGCAGUACACAUGGAACGAAAUUAAUAGAUGAAAUAUUUACUAACGCUUGGUCGCGAAACAACCAGACGAUUAAAAUAGAUCCGUUGCAAACGGAUUCGACGAUUCUAAGCGCCGCGCAUAUCGCUAGAGGCAACUGUUCCGUGAAUGAUUUGAAACGAAACAUCGAAAGGUUUCGAAGUAAAGUUAAGUUUACGAAAUGGAGCGACGAAGCUAUGAAAGUAGGUCUGUGCUCCGUGCCUCCGGCUGGACAUGCGACUUCGUUACUCUGCCUUUUAAAUUCCUCGUCGAUGUCGUCGUUAUUUAAGAAUUUAGUGAAACAGUUUGACAGGCUGUACAAACGGAAGGCGCAUAUCUAUCACUAUACGCAAGUACGUGGGUUCGAGGAAACGGAUUUCCUAGACAGCAGAGAGACGGUAACGGACUUGAUCGCGCAGUACGCGGAGUUGCAGAACCAAAAUGAAACGGACGUCCCACGGUUGCAAAUAGUCUGA